AUGUCCUUUUAUCCGGCACAGGCCUAUUCCCGUCAGAUGAUGGGACAGCUACCGACAAGGACAAAUACCUUGGGGCGCGUUUGGGGUGAUACCAUGACUUCUUCAGCCACACAUUCGAUUGAAUACAACGCAGGAUAUAACCACGACUCUUACCAGGCCUUUGGCUCAGGCUCUCAGCCAUCACAGCCUGAAUGGCGAACUGGACAGAACACAGGUCUACCACAUGCCCCGCCUCAGACGAGUGUGGAAAAUUUUGGUUCGUCAAAUCAGCCUCAUGCAUUUUAUGGUUCCUACGGUGCCCCGCAAAAAACCGAACAUUCUCCGGGUUAUUUUGCUUCGCAAUCAUCGCAACCAUCGAAUGUUUCGCUUCCUGGGCCUAACUUCAGCACCAACCAUCAGGGAUUGCCGACAACACGCGACUCUUCCUCAGCUCAUUCGCAUACCGAUAUUGACCAGAUGCAGUCCUCUCCAUGCCACUCCAUGACACAAUCACGCCCCUAUCAAAUCACUACAUUUCAGCAGCAGGGAUCUCAUCUCCAAGGAUCUCUUGGACAGCCCCCUCCGCAUGGAUAUCUACCGCAUUCAUCCAAUUCGAUGCAUUACCAUAAUGAGAAUAUAGCACACACCCAGCAUGGAUCAAAUUCAUCAGUGCACCAUAAUGGUCCGGGAGCCCAGCUUGACUCUCCUUGCUACCAAGAUUCUGGUUACAAUUCCAGGGCUCAUCAUUACUUGCCAUAUCAGCCACAUGGCACUCAACCUGGUGAAGCUACAGCACAGAAUGCAGCUCGGCAACCUGAUUACAACGAUUCUCGUGUCCAGAGACAAUGGGGAAGCGCAGAUCCCAGGCUAUCACGAACCUCAGCUCCUGAUUCUCGAUUCACCAAUGGGUUGUAG